AUGGAUAAUAUAUUGCUAAUGCAAGAGCUUGUAAAGAACUAUCAUAAGGACAAUGGCCAACCUAGAUGCGCUAUUAAGAUGGACCUUAUGAAAGCAUACGACUCAGUCGAUUGGAAUUUUGUCUUGGAUAUGAUGAGAGUUAUGGAGUUUCCUAAUCAAUUCAUUCUUUGGGUAGAGGCUUGCAUUACUUCCCCUAUGUUUUCAAUUUUCAUUAAUGACUUUUACCACUUCUCUGGGCUUCAGCCUAACAUGCAAAAAAGCGCUAUAUUCUUUGUUGGGGUGGAGCCAGCUUACAAAGAGGCUCUGCGACUAGUCCUUCCUAUACGUGAAGGCUCUCUCCCAGUAAAAUAUCUUGGAGUUCCUUUGAUCUCUACGAGGCUCCGUGCUCAUGAUUGUGCUCAGAUGAAGGAAAAGACUUUGGUCGGAAUACAAUCUUGGUCCAAUAAAACCCUUACCUGUGGUGGUCAGCUCCAACUCAUACAAUCAGUUCUAUUUAGCAUUCAAAUCUACUGGUCCUCUAUUUUUAUUUUGCCUCAACGGGUGCUGAAUGACAUUGAACAACUACUACGAUCCUUCUUAUGGUUUGGUCCUAAUUUAAAGCACUCUGGUGCUAAGGUGGCAUGGCAUGCGGUGUGCGUCCCUAAAGAGGAAGACAAGUUGGGCCUUCGUAUGCUGAAAACUUGGAAUACGGCUUCUAUGAUGCGUCAUUUGUGGGCUAUUUGCAAGAAGGCAGAUACUCUAUGGAUUAAAUGGAUUCACACGUUUAUUUUAAAGAGUCAUAGUGUAUGGAGGGUAAAAAUUCCUCGAGGCUUCUUGACUGUUAGAAAACUUCUCAAAUUUAGGGAUGAAAUUCAACCUUAG